AUGGAAACGACCACAGUUCUAGCCGUUCUGUCCACCGUGGCAGCCUACUUGCUGUGGUGGAAGUUCGUGUCGCGUCAGCUGUCGGGUCCACGUGUCUGGCCACUACUGGGCAGCCUACCAGGCCUCAUUGCCAACUCCGGCAGAAUGCACGACUGGAUCACCGACAACCUCGCCGCCGCCGGCGGCACGUACCAGACCUGCAUCGCCGGGAUCCCUUUUCUGGCCCGGAAGCAAGGCCUCGUGACCGUCACGUGCGAUCCAAGAAACGUGGAGCACAUCCUGAAAGCCCGCUUCGACAACUACCCCAAGGGCCCCACGUGGCAGUCCGUCUUCCACGACCUCCUCGGGGAAGGCAUCUUCAACUCCGACGGCGACACGUGGCUGUUCCAGCGCAAGACCGCCGCGCUGGAAUUCACCACCCGGACCCUCCGACAGGCCAUGGGCCGGUGGGUGAACCGGGCCAUCAAGCACCGGUUCUGCCCCAUCCUCGAGUCGGCCCGGCUCAGAGCCGAGCCGGUCGACCUCCAGGACCUGCUGCUCCGGCUCACUUUCGACAACAUCUGCGGCUUGGCCUUCGGGAAGGACCCGCUCACCCUGUCCCCUGAUCUCCCAGAGAACGGGUUCGCGGUGUCCUUCGACCAGGCCACCGAAGCCUCGCUCCAGCGGUUCAUCGUGCCCGAGCCGUUCUGGCAGCUCAGGAAGUGGCUCCGGCUCGGCCUGGAAGCGGACAUGAGCCGGAGCCUCCAGCACAUGGACGAUUACCUGUCCGACAUCAUCAACACGCGCAAGCUCGAGCUGGCAGCAGGCCGGCUCGAGCGGACCGACCACGUGGGGAACCCGCACGACGAUUUGUUGUCCCGGUUCAUGAAGAAAAAGGAAUCAUACUCGGAAAAAUUCCUCCAGCACGUGGCGCUGAAUUUCAUCCUGGCUGGACGCGACACGUCGUCCAACGCGCUGAGCUGGUUCUUCUGGCUGGUGACUCAGAACCCCAGAGUGGAGGAAAAGAUCCUCCUCGAGAUCUGCACCGUCCUGGUAGAGACACGUGGCGAACUGUCAUCAUCCUGGUUCGACGAGCCGCUAGGGUUUGAAGAAGUUGACCGAUUGAUAUACCUCAAGGCGGCACUGUCCGAGACCUUGAGGUUGUACCCGUCGGUGCCGGAGGACUCGAAGCACGUGGUCGCCGACGAUGUGCUCCCCACCGGAGUUCAUGUUCCGGCGGGAUCGGCGGUGACCUACUCGAUCUACUCCAUGGGCCGGAUGAAGUUCAUAUGGGGAGACGACUGUCGGGAGUUCAGGCCGGAGAGGUGGCUGUCGCCCGACGGCACGAAGUUCGAGGGACAUGACGCGUACAAGUUCGUGGCGUUCAAUGCGGGGCCCAGGAUCUGCCUGGGGAAGGACCUGGCGUAUUUGCAGAUGAAGUCGAUCGCGGCGGCGGUGCUGCUCCGCCACCGGCUGACGGUGGUCCCGGGGCACCGCGUGGAGCAGAAGAUGUCGUUGACUUUGUUCAUGAAGUAUGGUUUGAUGGUGGAGGUUGGGACGAGGGACCUUAGGCCGAUUUUGGAGAAGGUAAAGGCAGUGGCAGUGGAGGGCAGCCCUACAAUUAAUGGGGGAGUUGCCCUUGAGAAGGGCAAUGGUCACGAGGGUGGUACUGCUGAUCAUCAAUUGGCCGCCCCGGUUGCUUGA